AGCGCCUCCAUCCCCAAAAAUUCACAAAAUCUCAGAUGUCACUCAUCUCAUCCCAUAACUAUUUUUCCAAACCCUAGUUCCUCAGAGUACCCCAUUUUGAAGUCGAAUUGAGCUACAGGCAAGUUCUUUUUACUCUCUUCUGAUCUUGUGUUGGAUGAACUGGAAUGGCUGCAAAUAUUUUUUGUUUUUGUGUGUUCAAUGAGUCUCCCAUCCAUAUGCAGCAACAUGAUUGAGAAUCCCAAGACUUCAAUCAAGGAACCACCAGCAAAAUGCCCAUUUUGCUCACGAACUUUUCCCUGUGAUUCUAAUUUUUGAAUAUUAUGGCUACCGACGAAGAAUUGCAAGGUCUGUCAAAGUGCUAUGUAUUCAAGAGCCGGUUGCAAGAGUAUGCACAGAAAGUAGGAAUAAAGACACCAGUUUAUGAGACUACAAAAGAAGGUCCGUCGCAUGAGCCUUCCUUCUGUUCUACUGUGAUAGUGAAUGAUGUUAGAUACAACUCUUUGCCUGGGUUUACUCAUCGUAAGGCAGCUGAACAGUCAGCUGCCGAAGUUGCUCUGCUGGAGUUAUCUAAAUCUAGUGAUGCUGUGCAAUGCGUCUCUCAACCUGUUCAUGAAAUUGGCUUAUGCAAAAAUCUGCUUCAAGAGUAUGCACAAAAGAUGAAUUAUGCUGUUCCUGUAUAUCAGUGUCAGAAGGAUACUUCCCCUGGCAGAGCAUCGGUAUAUUCAUGUACAGUUGAGAUUGGGGGAAUUCGUUAUAUUGGAGCUGCAGCAGCAACCAAAAAGGAAGCUGAGAUAAAAGUGGCUAGAACUGCACUCUUAGCUCUCCAGUUAAGUGAUACCAAGUCAUCCAUGGGAUCUGUUGGCACCUCUGAGUUAACAGUGCUUCCAUCUAGAAAAAGGCGGUCAGAAUCUGAAGUGACUGAUAAUAAACCAAAACGAAAGAAAGUGCCAUAUAGGAGGAGGAUGUUCAAACGUAAACCCUCAGAGGAAAUUGCGGUAGAAGAAUUAGAGAGCAAUGGAAAUGUCAGGCCAGUGAGUACAGAAGGUAUGCCACAAGACUCAGUGUCCGAUGAUGUUCCCCAUGCUAAUAAUGUUUAUGUGGAAUAUGGGCCAUCAACAGCUUCAGAUCUCACCAACUGCAGAAAUGGCAGUGGGGAUUUGGGUUCAGUUUUAUCACCCGAUGGAAAUAUAACUAAUUUGGCGGAAGAAGUGAAUAUGGUGUCCCCUGUCAAGCCUAUGACCGUAGAAACUAUGCCACAGUACUCAGUGUUUGAGGAUAUUUCCCAUGCUAAUAAUGUCAAUGCUGAACCAGGGUGGUCAACAGCCCAGGAAGUGAAUAUGGUGUCAGCCGUUGAGCCAAUGACUGCAGAAGCUAUGCUACAAGACUCAGUGUUGAACGAUAUUGCCCACAAUGCUGAACACGGGUCGUCAACAACCAAGGAAGUGUAUAUGGUUUCAGCCGUUAAGCCAGUGACUGCAGAAGGUGUGCCACAGGAGUCAGUAUCUUCAGAGAUACCCCAAUCUAAAAUGUCAAUGCUAAGCAAGGGUUGCAAACAGCCAAGGAACUGAAUAUGGUGUCUGCUGUUGAGCAAAUGACUGCUGAAACUAUGCCACAAGAUUCCUUGUCCGAGCAUAUUCCGCAUGCUAAUAAUGUCAAUGCGGAACAUGGGUCAUCAACUAUGACAUCAGAUUUCACCAACGCCACCAAUGGAAAUUGCGAUGUAGUUGGUUCAGUUUCUGUGUCCAGUGAAAACACAGCUACUUCAGCCAACAAAGGGAAUAUGGUGUCGGCUGGACCUUCGGAGGUUUCAACUGUCAUUCCUGGACCUGACCAAUCGCUGUGAGUACUGCAAGCUGGUGUGCUAAAUGGUAGGAGUAGGAGUUCUAUAGAAACAGAAGUUAGAAAGUAUGAAUUGAGAAUUUGUUAGAAUCCACGUAUCUCUUCACUUGCCUGAGUUAUGGGUAUCCACUGCAUGGAACGGGAUACCGAAAAUUUACACUCCUUGGGUUGUAUUUCAUGGAUGCAUAUUCAUCCAUCCCUUGGGUCCUUUUUUUUAUUUAUCUCUUUGCCUCAUUUGGUUGUUUAAUGAUUAAUUUUGUAUUUGAACCAAGAAGAUGAAUAAUCCUUAUUACUUAGAAAUUUAAAGAGAAAGUUGGACCA